AUGAAGGGUAAGCCCAAGGCGAAGUCAGGGCAACUGGUGUAUGGGCUUGCGGAUGGGUUUGACCAGUUUGGGGACGGUGAUGACUUCUCUCCAGCGGACGUCUUUGCUGAAAUCGGCCGUGCUGCUGCUGCCGGCAGUGGCGAGGGCAAUGGCAGUGGCAACGCCGGGGACGAAGGAGCCUGGGAGAGGCACAAUCGUGGUGCCGAAGCACAGGCACCAGAAAUGAGUUCCCGAGGGCAGGCAAGCCCGGCCGUUGCAGCAGCGGCAGUAGCAGCUGCAGCAGGCCUCGUACCCCCAUCCCUCCAAGCAGCAGCAAGGCAAGAAGGCGGCGGCAUGGUAGCACUGCAACGCGCCAGCAGCAGCAACAGCCGCAUGGGAACAACUGCUACUGCUAAUUCCACCCAUGGGGCAACCCAAGGAAACCAUCUCCACUCCUUGGAACCGCGCAAGUAUGGAGUCUCGGCGUCAGCCCCUCUGGAUCCCAGGCUCGUUGCUGCUGGCGCUGCCCCUGCCUUCCCCGCUGUCCCCCCAGGCUUCCCUUACCUCCCUUCCUCUUCUUCUUCCUCUGCUGCUGCUGCUCGUUCCUCCUCCCCUGCUCCUGCCGCCACUCCUGCUCCUUGUGCUGCAGCAUCCCCCCGUCCCUCUGCUCCUGCUGCUGCUGCUGCUAUAUCUGCACCUCCGCGUGCCUCCGCUCCUUCUGCUGCAACAGCUGCCUCCCCGCGUGCCUCGGGUUUCCCAAGGCGGAUAGACGUGGUGGGGGUGGAGAGGUUAGGGUUGCAUGAGCUAGAUGCCAAGGUGCUAGGACUGAAGAGCCUGAAUAUCCCCAAGGGGAAGGAGCGGACAGAGGAUGAGGUGUUUGAUGAGCAAGUUCUCGCUAGGCUGGGGUUGCAUGAGCUGGAUGCCAAGGUUGGGCUGGAGAGCCUCAACAUUUCCAAGGAGAAGGAGCGCACAGAGGAUGAGGUGUUUGAUGAGCAAGUGAAGGUACCCUAA